AUGCCUGAAAAAGUAGAGCUGACGCAGAGUCCUGUCAGCACAGGCGAUCAGAGCUUAGGUGGUGCUGGAGUUUGUAUGAUGAGCAGCACAUGGAGAGAUGAACAACACCCAUCAUUCAUCAAUUUUAUCUCUUCCUUCCUCAGUGCAAAUUCUUUCCGCCUUAAUUUUGUUCGAAUAGCUCCUGACUUAAUUUUUAACUGUGGAGGUUUAUCAAUCUCAUUCAUCUUUGCAACAAACUGGAAUUGCGACAAUAUUGAGCCAGUCUUUAGCAGAGUGAAGAAACUGAAGGAGCAGUUUGCUCAUCUCUAUGUUGUUGUCAGUCUCCCAACUAGAGACCAAAAUGAUUCUUUUGUUCGCUCUUACUUCAAAUAUAGUUUGGAACUUGGUAGACCAACAUUUGUGCCAGUUCAAGACAUAGAGAUGGGAUUUGAAAAGAUUGUUAAAAUAGCUCACUCUCGUGGAGCAUGCAAGCAGCGAGAUGCCAUAUCAAAAAUGAAGACUGAGAGACGGCAAUCAGUGCAGGGAAUGGACAUUUUCCUUGGAGUGGUCACAUCCAUACCAUCUAUAGAUUAUCAUGAUGCAAAUGCGCUUAAUCAAGCUAUUGGUUCAAUUGAAGCAAUUGCUAAAGCAUCAAAGGAAUACAUUCUAGAGAACACAGACCUAUCAGCAGACAAGGCUGAAAUGAUAGUCAGGUUCUUCAGAGAUCCAAAGUUUUAUCUCAAUCCGAAAAUCAAUUAAUGCUU